CACACACACACACACACAGAGUUAUUUACAGUGUGUCCUUCCACUCUCCGCUUAGUUUGGGAUUAAAACUGAUCUUUUGCAGCAAAAAGAAAAAGAUUCUCCUCUUUAUCUGAGACCUGUGAGCAGGUAACCUGAAAAAAAAACCCGAUUUCAGGCGGCCUUUGUUCCUCGUCUCUUUCCGGCUGUUUGGCUUUUGCUGACUGGGCGUCAGAGGUGAUCUCCCCUCUCGAUCGCCGCCCUUUUUUUCCUCAGGUCUCGCUCCCCAUCCCCGACUCGUCCUCUGACUCUGAGAGGAAGGGCGGAAAAGGCAGAAGGAGAGAGCAGAGAGAAGCUUUGAGCCAUGUGUUGUACCGGAAAAUGCGCCCGCCUGGUGGGCCUCAUCCUGCUGCCCUCGGCCUUCAUCUGCAUGAUCUCCAACCUGCUGCUGUUUUUCCCCGAUGGGAAGCAGCUGGACACCGACCAGAUCUCCCUCCAGGUCUGGCUCAUGGGGGGGCUCAUCGGAGGAGGCCUCUUUAUGCUGUGCCCCAGCUGCUCGGCUAUCAGGGCCGGGGGCAAGGGUUGCUGCGGAGCAGGUUGCUGUGGCAACCGUUGCCGGAUGCUGAACUCGGUUUUCUCCUCGGCGUUCGGGCUCAUCGGAGCGCUUUACUCCACCAGCGUGGCCUCCGCUGGUCUGGCCGUGGGGCCCAUUUGCCAGGUGGCCGGAGGAGAAUGGAAGAACCCCUUCGAGGAACUGGAAGGCGGCAGCUACCUGUCGAACCAGACCCUGUGGUCCCUGUGCGAGUUCCCCAACAACGCGGUGAUGUGGCACGUGGUGCUGUUCGCCAUCAUCCUGUGCACCGGCAUCCUGCAGCUGGUGCUCUGCGGCAUCCAGGUGGUCAACGGCUGCCUGGGCUGCAUCUGCGGGGACUGCCGGGACAGAAAAGACGAUGAAAGUGGACUGUGAAGGUGAUGAAGAUCCUCCCUCUGAAACCUAAUGUGCUUUUUGAGAUUUUGUCAUUUAUGCUUGUUUCUUUUUGAGUUCUUUUGCCAGUUUUUUAGGCAGCACCUGCAUGUAACAGUUCAUAAACAUAAAUAGUGUUUUUAAUGAUUUUGUGUCUGCACUAAAACCGAUAUUUAUAAAAGAGGGAAAGUAAAGUGAAGCCAAACGAGAUUUAGAUAUCUGAAUUAAGUUGAGCCAUUUGUUGUUUUUAUCUACAUUCUUUUUAUUUGAAGAGUGUAUGAAUAUAAACAUAUAAUCAAUUAUAUUUAGAUUUAUUGGUGGAUUACAAUGAAUUAUGUUGGAUUAUGUGGAUUUUAAUAAUUGUUAACUAUGUUAAA